UUAGGAUCACUUUUCGCGUCUGGUCACCAGUUUAUCCGUCCUUCGAGUAAAUGGUGUAUUUUUAAGCCAAAUAUGGCGACACCGACACAGUCACCGACGAUUCGCGAUUCCCCUCAGAGACCGAGCGCGUUAAAUCGUAAUGGUUCACAGCUGACAACAACCAACAUGGCCGCGGUGAACGACCCAAACGCACAGGAAAGAGAAUUUUCCAGCGUCACAGACAAAAUAGACAACAUCCCGGACGAAGUCAGCAAUAAAGCAAUGGAAAUCUGGUUGAAUUUAAUACACACUGGACGCCAGGAAUUUCAGAGUGAUCACCAAUCUUGGAUAGUUUGUAGUUUGUAUGUUGCUGUCAUGGAACACAGUAUCAUCACAUUUUUUAAGAGGUUGCGGACAAUGAAGUCAGAAGUGUCUAUCAGCGAGAAAGUCUCAAGUUUUCUUACCUCAACUGAACGAAAAUACUUUGUGGUGGCUCCACUUUAUAAUAAAUUUCAACAAAUUUAUAGCCAAGUCUUCCAGGAUGAUCAAGAUGAAUUUGCCGAGAAUCGACUGUCUCCAUCACACUCUUCGUCAUCCAGCACCAGUCGAAUGAAUACAUGCUGGUGUCUAUUUGUACUUGCCAAAUCUUUAAUGUUAGAGAAUUGCAAUGAGUUGGUGUUACCAUUUCAAUUACUGUUAUGCUGUAUAGACCAUGCUGUCAGAGUGUCUCCAACGUUUCUACUAAAGCCUCCAUUUGAUACUGCGCAGAGUAAUCAUUAUGCAACGUCUGUUGUAACUGAAAACAAUAGUAAUAGUUUACGUCUGCUGUGUGAGCAAUUCAACUGUGAUCACAACGAUGUGUUAACAGUACUCAGGGAAUAUUGGCAGAAGUUCCUGGCUACACUGCCAAUGGAAAAAAUCUAUCAAGGAAUAGACGGACUACCUGAGUGCGAGUUUUUGAAAAAACAGUACAAUGAGUGUUACACAUCCCGGGGUGAUUUUGAUGAAAUACUUUUUCUAGAGAGUGACACUCAUCUCAUUCCUAGUACUAAUCCAAGCUGUCCAAGUCCUCCUGCAUCUUCACACAGACAUGCAAGUACUGUCAAUGCUACACCAAUCAGAGCUGCUAUGAAUACAGUACAAGCAUUGCAGUCUAUUUUGUGCCAUGCAAGUGAUAUGCCAAGUCCUGCACUUAUCAGGUACUUCAAUUUGCCAGAAUGA